AUGGCUUCGAACCCAGGUCAGGACAGGGGUGGAGGAGAGAGUGUUGUAGGAUGUCGAACCGAGACAAGGAGACCUGUCAGGGAUCGUGAAGUCGGGGGAACGGGCGCAAGAUUCCGCUCGGUGAUGGCAGGGCAAGGAAGACAAGGUCGCGCAACUAUUAAUGUGGGACAGGUUGCUGGCUAA